AUGGCGCCCUUUUCAAGCCUCCGCGCCACCCUAACCCAAGCAUAUCCUCCUGCUCCAGCUUUCACUGAGGCAAACGUCCCCCCAGGCUCGCAAAAUGGUCGCGUUUUUAUUGUGACGGGUGGAAAUGCGAACAAAAGCAGAAGCAGUCAUCAAAACGAUCACCGGGGCAUCGACAUCCAAGAAUACCAGUGGCAAACUGAAGUUCCUCCACCUGGAUCUGAACGAUCUCUUGGUCAGUCCAAAGCUGCAGCCCAAAGCUUCGCGCAGCAGGAAGAUAAGCUAGAUGUGCUGUGGAACAAUGCCGGCACUGGCGCUAACGCCGUCACGAUCGGCCAACGCACAACCCAAGACUCCGAGCCUAUGAUAGGAAUGCACUAUAUUGCAACACUUCUUUUCACAAAACUUCUCCUCCCACAGCUGCGUGCCGCCGCCCACGCUUCUGGCGAGGACAACGGAACGAAGGACCGCACUGAGAACUACGGGGCACCCAAAGCAGACACCUGGAUCCUCAGUCGGGAAUUUGCUUGUCGAUAUGCUAACGAUGGAAUCAUCAGUGUUUGUCUGAAUCCGGGCUUCUUAAAGACAGCGUCCUUCAAUGGGACCCCUGUGGCCGUCAUGUUCAUCUUGGACAAGAUUCUCCUGAGUGAGGCGAUUUACGGCGCGUACACGGAACUUUAUGCUGGACUCUCGCCUGAUGUCACGUUGGAAAAGAGCGGUUCAUACAUCAUUCCCUGGGGCCGGAUCCGUCCUAAUGAGGCUACUCCGCGACAGGAUCUCAUCAAGGCCGGGGAUACCAAGGAGGAAGGGGGUUCUAGAUUAUGGCAAGAUUAUGGCAAUAAGUUCUGGGCUUGGUGUGAAGGGAAAUGGAGCAGCUAUGUUUAG